GACACUUGUUAUAAUCCUUGGCGCUGUGCGGACUGCGGACAUGUAAAUUUUGUAAAUAUGUAAAAGUUUAAAAAUGGCUUUUUGAGAUUGAUUUUGUGUGUUAUUUUAUUAUUAUUGAAAUAGAAACCAAUAUUUAGCAAAGGUUUAAUCCAAUGGAAGUAAAACAAGAAGUUGGUGAGGAGGCGUGUAAAAUAGAAAUAGACACUGACGUAAAUGAGGCUGUUCUGAAUAGCUUUAAACUUGAAAUUAAGGAAGAACAAGAACCCAAAAGGGAAACUAUACAAGGUGAUACAUUUGAUUAUGUAGACUUGAAGAAUAUUAAUAUUCCCAUGAAGAUUGAAAUAGGCCAAGAUGAACAUAAACUUCUGUCAUUGGAACAAAAACAAACAAUUGAAAAAGGGUUUCCACAAGAAGAGAACACAUUUAUACAUGUACAUUGGAGCAAUAAGAAACAACCUAUGAGUAGACCUGCUGAAGAAAAAUCAUCAAAAUGUGAAAUUUGUGCUAAGCAGUUUGCUAAAAAAAAGUAUUUGAAUGUACACAUGAUUAUUCACACUGGGGAAAAAUUAUACAAGUGUGAAAUUUGUUCUAAGCGUUUUUUUCAUGCAAACGCUUUGAAACGCCAUAUAGCAAUGCACACUGGAGCACAAACUUACAAGUGUGAAAUUUGUUUUACAGAGUUUUCUAUAGAAGGUAAUUGGAAAAGACAUUUGAGAGUGCACACUGGAGAAAACCCUUACAAGUGUGAAAUUUGUUUUAAACAGUUUACUUCAGCAAGUUAUUUGAAAGAGCAUUUGAGAGUACACACUGGCGAAAAACCGUAUAAGUGUGAAAUUUGUUUAAAGCAAUUUUCUCGAGUUAACAAUCUUAAACGACAUAUAAAAUUGCACACUGGAGAAAAACCAUACAAGUGUGAAAUUUGUUUGAAGCAGUUUAGUCAAGUAAAUGAUUUGAAAAAACAUUUGAGAGUGCACACUGGGCAACCUUCAAUUGCUAUGGAGUUCUCUCGAGCACACCGUUUGAAACGUCCUUUGAGAGUGUACCCUGGAAAAAAAUGUAGUGCUGUAGACUAGCGUGAAGCUGUAUACAGUUGAGUCCAGGGUUUUUUACCCGUGCGUUAUCAUUUAAAGCAUACAAAAUAGGUCGGAAAUUUACUAAACACAACCACGACAAGAAAUAAACUGCUAGUCUACAACACAAUAUUCAAAUCGGUCUGGGCAUAUGGUCUGCAGUUCUGGGGAACAUCAUCUAAGUCGAAUGUAUCCAUAAUUGAGAGAUUCCAGUCCAAGGUGUUACGUUCAAUAAUCCAUGCUCCGUGGUUUGUUACUAACAGGGAUAUUUACAAUGAUCUGGAAACGAAAACCGUCAGUGAAGUGAUAGUGGAGUUAAGUGCAAAAUACAUCGUAUGUCUUGAAAGCCACGCGAAUGUGCUUGCAAUUAAUUUGUUAGACAACAAUCAGGAAACAAAACGGUUAAAGAGACAGACACCAUUAGAUUUACCGCACAGACAUUAAUAUUGUUACAAUAGCUACCUAAGUUAAUAUGUGUAUAUACAGUAAUUUAAUAUCAGUAUAGAGAUGUGUGGCGCUGGUCACAAUCUCUUCAUGUCAUUAUUUUACAGAUAAAAUGUGCCUAUUGUUAUAUGUUAUAACAGAUUGGCUAAUAAAAAUUAAAAAAAAAACUAAAUACGACAGAAAGUGGCUACUGCUCCGAUCACGGGUUAUAUUAUAAAAUUUGACGUUAAAAAAAUAAAUGAAUUACCUACAUUUGAAGUAGCUUAAUAAAUUAUUUUAAUAUCAUUAGUGAUUAAUAAAUAAACAAUUUAUAAAAAAAUUCAAUAACA